AUGAGGCCUGGUCGCGAGCGCGCAGACGGCGGGGACCACGGUCGCGCUAUGAAGCGGAUCGAGGAGGAGCCGGCAUCGCUGUACUCAGCCGUGGACGCCAGCACGUCGUCCAGCUCACUGGUGGCGGUGCCCGGGUUUACGUUCGGAGACGGGGUCACGUGCGCGGAACAGAAGCGGCACUCGGGCGUGGGGCCGCAGGCGUGGAAGUACGUUCCGCAGCCCAAACCGCCGGCACGCAGCCGGUCGCCGAGCCGCGGGAACGCGCCGGCGCGGACGCCGUCGCCUGGCGGGCGGUCUGCACGGACGUCGGUCGUGGGCGACAGUCCGUUCAACUUUGCGAGCGCGACGCUGCAGCCGCCCGCGGGCAGCCGCACGGCGUUCCGCAAGGGCCACCGCUACAAGCAUUCGUCGGUGUCGAUGAACUUCUUUCCGGAGCCGGAAGCACGGCCUGCGCUGCGGCUGGCGCGCGCGCUGCCGGUGCCGGACGUCCGGGACAUCUGGCACAACCUGACGCGGCCGCGGCACCACGUGACACUCGCGCUGGUGGCGGCGCAGGCCGUGGCCUGCGUGCUGCUUCUGCAUCGCGCAGAGCGGCGGGAGUGGACCAACUUCGGGACGCUUGCCCACUUUGUGCUGUACGACAUGCUGGGAACGCUGACGGUGGUUUUGGUGGAGGUCCUGCCCCGCUUCGAAGUGUGGGGCACCGGCACCUUGACGUAUCCGUUCGGCCUGAAGCGGCUGGACGUCCUACUGUCCUUUGGGUUUGCGGUAUCGCUGUGUUUCGUGGGGCUGGACUUGGUGUUUCAUGUGCUGGAGGAGCUGGUGGUGCUAUUUGUAGAGAGCGCUGAUAGCGGGCAGCAUACCGACAUUGUCGGGAGUAUCCCACACUCCCACCAUACGCAGGUGGAUGCCGACGCGCUGGCCGAGUGGUACACUGUAGUGGCUCUGUGUGGGAUCCUUUCGGCGGCUGUGCUUCGCACGGCGUUCGCCAGCCGCGAGGGCGUGGAGCGGCGCUAUAAGACGAAAACUCCGAUCAUCACGCUUGCAUACACUGUCUACCUGCUUGUGUUUCCUGUGCUCUCGCGGUACACCGAAGUCGGUGACUAUGUGGCGACAGUCUCGAUAGCCCUGUUCGUGAUGAUGUACGGGCUGCGUGUUGCGCGAUGGACAGGAACAGUCCUGCUGAUGGGCUUUUCCACCUCUGCAUUGGACUUUCCAGGGCUGACACUUCUGUCAGAUGACAAUGGCGCGGAGGCAAAGACUCCUGCGCCGCAAGAGCAGCCGCUAAUAUCGGUGAACCACUUGUAUGAGCCCACUAUUGUGAAGUCCCGCUUGGGGGAGAUGAUCGAGAAGCUCCCGCAGUUCCGCUCAAAUUGCAGUUUUAAGUAUACAGACCUGGUGCUAGCCAAGGUGCACUUCGAGAUGUUCAUACUGCUGUUAAAGCUGAACAUGAAAGGUGGAUCAGACGAAGAGGAGUUGGAUCUGCGCUUGGCUAUUGAUAGAUGCGUUAAGUCCGUGCUGCCUAACGUUGAAACAACAAUUGAAAUCGAACGAGUAUGA